GGGGCUCAUCUCCUACUACUACAACCUCUAAAAGUCUACAUCUCUAGGCAAACACCAGCGUUCGACUCACCCGACGCAGCCAGAGCAAGACACGCAUAGACCCCGGACACUGUCGACACGGAUACCCCGCGCCGGCACCACAUUUAGAACCGAAAACAACUACGCAAAACUGCCCAUCAUGUCCGACGCGGUUGCCAUUGCCCCCGAGCUGCCUUUCAGGCAACAGAUCUCGGAGACGCUCCAGCUUGCGGCGCGCUCAACGCCCGUCGCCGAGCAGCAGGCGGUUCGUGACAUCCUGACGGCGUUCGACCAGAAGGCACAGGGCGGCGAGGCCGACGACGAGGCCAAGCGCGACAUUGUGCGCAAGGUCGUCGACGUCUACGCGCAGACCAAGGGCGCGCUCGAGGCGGCCAAGGAGUCGGAGGCCGAGUCGACCCACCUCUUGUUACAGUAUGUCCUUGCGUCGACCUUUGAGCCUACUUCGGAGGAGUACGCCAAGCUCGUCAAGCAGGUCGUUGAGGCGGUUCGUGUUGGCGGUGAGGCGGCGGCGGAGGCUGGACGGACAACGAAGGCCGAGGCUGCGGCACGGAUCCUGAACAACACGUACAACUACCUCGCCGCCACCUCGCCCUUGCGCUCCACUGUUCUCCUUGCCCUCAUCACCCUCCUUGGCGCGUUCGACGACCUCGCCACGCUCACUGUCACCUCGGCGUCCCUCUCGGCGGCCCUGGCGCAGUGGUCAGUGUCGGAGGCCGACAAGGUCGCCUUCCUGACUGCCGCUUCUGCCGUCUACGAGAAGGCCGGCGACCUCGACCACGCCUACAUCCUUUCCCUCCUUGCUCUUGAGCGCAGCGUCGACGCCAAGCUCGUCGAGCACGCUCUUGCCCUCGCUCUCGCCCAGUCUAACCGCUUCGACCUCGACGACCUCUUCAAGGUCCAGGGUACCCGCGACGCUCUCCAGGGCAAGGCCGCCGAGCUUGUUGCUCUCUUCACCUCGGCCGACGAGAUCGAGGCCGUUUCGCAGGCGACCACCUGGACCGCCGCCAACGGACCCUAUGUCUCGGGUCUUGGUGUCGCCGGCCUCGACGCCGACGAGGUCCUCCGCAAGGUCCGCCUCAUCGCCCUCGCCACCCUUGCUGCCCGCAGCGCCACCAAGCAGCUUGCUUACGCCGACCUUGCCAAGGCUCUGGCAGUCGACGAGUCCGAGGUCGAGGCCUGGGUCAUUGACGCCAUCCGCGCCGACCUGCUCCAGGCCCGCCUGUCCCAGCCCCUGUCCGUUGUCCGCAUCAUCUCCGUCUCGUCCCGUGCCACCCGCCGCUUUGGCUCUGAAGAGUGGACGCUCCUUGAGCGCCGCUUGGCCGAGUGGAAGGCUGCCGUCACGGACGCGCGCCAGGUUGUUGACGACGCCGAGGCUGUUGCUGCCCAGGGCCCUGCCACGCACCAGCGCAGGCCGCAGCAGCAGCGCCGACAGGAGAAGGAGCAGGCUGCCGAGGAGGUUGCCGCUUAGACGUAGUUGCCCAUGCAUGUGAUUCAUAUUGGUUGUGUGUGGGUUGGUUGUUGCUG